UUAAUUUUUAUUUAUUGGAGUGAAAAAGAAGCAUUCCUAUAAUACAUGCUUUCUCGCUCUACAUGCUUCAAAAGUUCAAAUUAUUAGCUUUGCUAGUUUAAAGUUUAAUCAUGGUGACCCUUUGAGGUCCAUAUUUUCAUCACAACUCCACCAACUGGAAUCAUCACCACUGUUGACACUAUCCACUCCCACCCAGAUAAGUUGUGAGCAAAAGUUUCCACUUUGAAGGCUGGAAUGGAAAUGGGUCGUGUAUUGUUGAUGCUGUUGGUUUUUUCCACCACUGUUUUAUACCCUUGUUCUCUUGCUCUCACGCAAGACGGACAUACAUUGUUGGAGAUCAAAAGCACUUUGAAUGAUACAAGGAAUUUUCUGAGCAAUUGGAAAAAGUCUGAUGAGUCUCACUGUACAUGGACCGGUAUCACUUGUCAUCCUGGGGAACAACGAGUACGCUCAAUGUAUAAAUCUACCUUAUAUGCAACUUGGGGGUAUUAUAUCUCCCAGCAUUGGCAAACUCAGCAGACUGCAGAGACUGGCACUUCAUCAGAAUGGCUUACAUGGAGUUAUUCCUAAUGAAAUUGGCAAUUGUACAGAGCUUAGAGCACUAUAUUUGAGAGCUAAUUAUUUACAAGGAGGCAUCCCAUCAAAUAUUGGAAAUCUUUCUUAUUUACAUGUAUUGGAUUUGUCAAGUAACUCAUUGAAGGGUGCUGUACCAUCCUCUAUAGGUCGUCUUACACAAUUGCGUGUUCUGAACUUGUCAACUAAUUUCUUUUCCGGUGAAAUCCCUGACCUUGGAGUACUAAGCACCUUCGGGAACAAUGCGUUUAUUGGGAACUUAGAUCUUUGUGGGCGGCAAGUUCAGAAACCAUGUCGGACAUCACUUGGUUUUCCAGUGGUGCUACCACAUGCAGAAAGUGAUGAAGCUGCAGUUCCUGCUAAAAGAUCUUCACAUUAUGUGAAGUGGGUGUUAGUUGGUGCAAUAACAAUAAUGGGGCUUGCACUUGUUAUAACUCUUUCGUUACUAUGGAUUUGCUUGCUAUCAAAGAAGGAAAGAGCUGCUAGAAAAUACAUAGAAGUUAAGGAUCAAGUCAACCCAGAAUCAAGUAGGAAGGAUGAUGGUACAAAACUUAUCACCUUCCAUGGUGAUCUGCCAUACACAUCAUUUGAGAUCAUAGAAAAGUUGGAGUCUCUCGACGAAGAUGAUGUGGUAGGAUCUGGAGGAUUUGGUACCGUAUAUAGAAUGGUGAUGAAUGAUUGUGGUACAUUUGCUGUUAAGAGGAUUGAUAGAAGCCGUGAAGGUUCUGAUCAGGGUUUUGAGAGGGAACUAGAGAUAUUGGGUAGCAUCAAGCACAUAAAUCUAGUUAACCUGCGUGGUUACUGCAGACUUCCUUCUACUAAGCUUCUAAUCUACGACUAUUUGGCCAUGGGAAGCUUAGAUGAUCUCUUGCAUGAAAACACUGAACAAUCACUGAAAUGGAGUACACGCCUAAAGAUUGCUCUUGGUUCAGCCCGGGGUUUGGCUUACUUGCACCACGACUGCUGCCCGAAAAUUGUGCACCGCGACAUAAAAUCCAGCAACAUCCUUCUUGAUGAGAACAUGGAGCCUCGUGUCUCUGAUUUUGGUCUUGCAAAGCUUUUGGUUGAUGAAGAGGCCCAUGUUACCACAGUGGUUGCAGGCACCUUUGGUUAUCUGGCACCAGAGUAUCUACAAAGUGGAAGAGCGACUGAGAAGUCAGAUGUGUAUAGUUUUGGAGUUCUGUUGCUAGAACUUGUAACUGGAAAGAGACCAACAGAUCCUUCAUUUGCAAGGAGAGGAGUAAAUGUUGUUGGUUGGAUGAACACGUUCCGGAAAGAAAAUAGAUUGGAGGACGAAGUAGACAAAAGAUGUAGUGAUUCAGUAGAUGCAGAAUCUGUGGAGGUAAUUCUUGAACUAGCAGCAAGUUGCACUGAUGCAAAUGCGGAUGAACGUCCAUCAAUGAACCAAGUGUUACAGAUACUGGAACAAGAGGUCAUGUCUCCCUGCCCAAGUGAUUUUUAUGAAUCACACUCAGAUCACUGAUAAAUGACUCAACCAACUUUAAGAUGCUAUGCUAACAACGUUUGCGUACGGUUCCUUCCCAUAUCCCGUGGGUCUGUAAAUUGUUGUAGUGAAUGACGAAAGUGCAACCUUAGUAGUUUAACAUUGCAAUGGUUUUUGGAAAGACCUCCAUUGAAAUGAUUGUGGUUAAUCAACAUGAAUUUGUUGAUUGCAAGAACAGAACAGUUAAUCAACAUUAUUUAAUGAACUACAGUUGUUAGUUGUUAAUGGUUA